CUCCUUGGCAUCAUCGCCAACAUCCUCAACAUCAUGGUUCUGUCCCGUCACACGUUUAAAGAGACCACGACCGUCUUGCUCCUGUCUCUCUCGGUCAACGAUUUGCUCUGUUCAGUAACGCAGCCGUUCCGGAGGCUCCAGUGUUUUUUCGAGCAGUUCGACCCCUUGACGGCCUUGACCGUGAGGUCAAUAUCUGUAGUCUUUCUAUUCAACAUACCCGAUGUGUUUGUAUCCAUCAGCAUCUGUCAUACAACAGCCAUAGCCGUUGAACGUGUCGUGGCGGUUUGCUUCCCAUUUCAGGUAUCUCGUAUCUUCACGCCGUACCGGGUCAAGUGGAUGAUUGCAUUUCUGUACGUCUACUCGAUAUCUUUAAUGUCGCCCAUCUUCAGCCUUCAGGAUUUCGUUUGGAUCUAUGACGCCCGAUACAACGCCACGAGGGGCGGGUACGUACUGAGCAGGUUCUACACCGACCACAUCGAUGACCUCAACAGAUACGCCAGUGCCGGGCUCAGCAAUCUCUUUACAACAUCAACUUUAGCGACAAUCCUCAUCUGCUCAGUGAUCAUCUGCGCCAAGCUGAUGGUCGGUCGCCAGAAAGAACUAGUGAAGUUCUCAACGGGUUCGAAUAACCAGGUCAGGGACACGCGAGUGGUCAAGAUGCUACUGACCGUGUGUGUCGUCACGUUUUGCGUGUCCCUGCCGACGGCCGUCAUCAAUUUUUACAUUUUGUACUCGAACACGCCCCUUUUGUCACGCGGCAAAGUUUACUACUUGCUGCGCAGUGUGAUCUGCUGUCUCUACCAGUUCAACACGUCGAUCAACUUCAUCAUCUACGUCACGCUCAGCUCGAAGUUCUCCCAAACCUACCGGAAGUUGAUUGGUUGUCGGAAUAAGUAA